ACAGCGCUUUGGUAGCACUACGGCUUGGCUUCUCGGUUUAUUCAAAUAGAGAAGCUUCGAUUGAUUGUAGUUCAUUCAUCAUCGUAUUAAUACAGCAUGGACGAAACAGGUGGUAUUCCUAGAAGAAACAGUCGCCGCGAUAGCGGAAGACCCGACGCAGUGAUCGGCGAUUCGCAACCGACCGAAGUUCCGGAAUCACAGACUGAUAGUGCGAAAAAGACCUACUCGGUUCCAGCAUCCCAGUUUGCCCGGCCAGCAGCACGCGAAACAGGCCGUUAUAAUGGGCGCUCCAGUCCAAUUUAUUUCGACAUUACGUCGCACCAGGAACUUCCUGAAACAACGCAUGAUUUCCGUGCGCACUCUGUCAAUGAAUUUAGACAAGCAGAUUUACGGCCGUUGGAUUUGUUCAUGUCGAACAUCGAGGACAACGAACCCGCGACAUUCCUCGACAUGUCGGAUAAAUCUUUUGCUGACCUCACACAGGUACGCGCAUCGAAUACGGCGGCAGAAGCAGGACGAGAUAUCAAUGAUAGUGAUUCGGAGAUACCCGAUAACACUCAUUUGAUUCGUCCGACCUUAGUUGAAAUGGCUAUGGCAGAGCAGAGAGCCAAAGAAGCGUUGAGAGAAGAUAUUGAGGAAGUGGCAAAUCCCUUGCACGAUAUAGUUGAUUCAUUAAGCCGUCUAAGUGAAGCUUUGCUUUUUCGGCCGGCUCCCUUGGACAUGUUUGCACCAACGCAGCAGUGGGAUUACGCUCACCAUUCCCAGUAUGAAAUGCGGGAGAAUAGUCCUGGUCAAGAACCAGCGCAGCUGGAAUCUUGGUCUGAACUGUCUAAUGCGCCAGUAGGAGAGAUGCCAAUGGAGGAAGAGCUUGUCGGAGAUUCAACUGCACCAAAGUUCGAAAAGCCGGAGGUUCGGCUUCAAAUUCAGUCUGCUAAUACGGCAACAGAUAUUUCAGGAGGAUUUAUCAAACCCUCUUCAAAAACUAGUGGUGAUGACGCUGCUCUUGAAGAGAAACCAAACGUUCAGUUGGUUGUGGCUGGGGAAACGAAAUCCGAUAAACAAGAAAUGCAGUCGCCUUCCGACGCUUCCGCUGGUGUUGCACCUGCCGAUGAUUCACUUGUCGAGCUAAUGAAGCACCGACCCGCACCACUGCCGCUUUUUAAGAGUGAACCGGAUAGCGAAGUUUCCGACUUUGUAGACGACAUUGAGGGUGCAAAAGCAGAACGGGGCAUCAGUGAUAACGAUUCCGAGAUACCUGAUAACACUCAUUUGAUUCGGCAGACACUGGUUGACAUAGCUAUGGCAGAGCAGAGAGCCAAAGAAGCUACGGGUAUCCCAUCCGAGACAGUCGCACAAGAAGCGGAAGCAUCCCCUACAACGCAGCCGGAAACAGAGAAGUCCGUAUUCCAAAAACUCGGUGACAUGAUUCUGCACCCCAUUCAGUCUAUUGUCGAACCAGCCAUUGAAAUGCUAGUCGGUCCGAUAUCAACAGAAUCAAAAGGGGAACCGGCUCCGGGGGCAACAGAUGCCGAUUUCAAACCCGAUUCACCUUCCGAGGCAAUGCUAAUGGGCACGGUCAGCCAACAGAGCGGAAUGUUGUUACGGGACAUGCCGGAUUCGGCACUGACUCCUCACAGUUACGAAUACUGCUAUCCGCGCGUGGCAUACUCGGAGUUUCUGGAUGAACUAGCCAAAGAAAAAGCCAGGCGAGAAGCAAAAAAAUUGGCUGACGAAUCAGAGAGCGUCGUUUCUGUUGAUUCGGCAUCCGUAAGCGAACUGCAGCGCGUUGGGUCAGGUGGAUUUGAGCCAUCCGACAGCGGUGUCCAGGAUGAAUUCUUCAAUGCCGCUCCAGACCUUCAGAAGUACCGCGCAAAGAUUCACGCUAUGUUUCCGAAAAAAGACAAGACGGCUUCGCCGCAACCAGUCAAUAAAGACCCCUCGGAUGCUGGUCCGAGUUCUGGCGCCGACGCUCGCAUGAGUACAUUGAAUGACAAGUCUGCUGGUCUUAGUGCCUUAUUUUCACCAAAGCAUGCAGCGGAACCUGAGGUCUUCUUAUGUUCCAUGAGCGGACACAUGCAUCCCGAAACCGAUCUGGAUGGAGAACUGGAGCUGGGACCGAGAAGUCCGUCCGGACAUGAACUUUGUUAUACGGAAUCGGUGGAAUGUUUGUGCAAAGAUGCGACGGAACCAAUGCACUGCGUUCACUCUGACCCAAGUUUCGAGUCGAAGAGCGCAACUUUCAUCGAGCGCUCCAUGGUAUCACGGCAGCCGUUCGGAGAUGGAGUGAGAAUGCCCGCUGGGCUGGGUGCUGACGCACAUUUGGCCAGGAUUAAAGAGAUCAGAGUCAAAAGCGCCAUUGAAAAAGCAGAAGCAUUACUUGCGACACUUUGCGGGAAACCUGUUGCGAAAGACUCGCAGCCGCUGACCUUAGGUCCGUAUAAUUGUCACACUGUUGAAUCCGCGGAGGUCUUUGAACGCCUUAUGCAGUAUGGGGCAGACCCACAAGAUAUGUCCUUCGACUCGAAAUCACAAAGCCUAAUGCACGAAUUUGAAAGCAGCUUAAAUUUGCCUUCCGGAAAAGCCACUGGUGUGUCGGAUCAGCCCGGCAGAGCUGUGAAAAAGCGUAGACUGACUGAGCGUUUAAGUUUGUUCUUCGAAGAAGAAAAGCGAUUGAAUCUGGAAGAUGCGGAAAUUCUAAUGCGACAGGAUAUGUACCAAGAAAUGUCCGGGGUACCAGUGGAGAGUUCCCCGGUCAAACGAAAAUCCGGGUUUCUGGCCACCAUACGUAAACUGUUCCGUCGCAAGGAAAAUGGUAAAAAAGAGGCGAAUUCUGCUCGUUCUUCUGAACAGGAUGUUGCAACAUCAGCUGAGGCCUUGCAUACUGCUAAACCUGGUGUUGAGGAAGACAUCGAUGACCUGGAACCAUUGGGAAUGCCCUUGCGUAGUUGUCCAGCGAUGAUCUCAUUUCCAAAUCUUGUAACGUUGCACCUGGAUGACGAUACAAAACGCAAGCGGAAGUCCGUUGAAAAGUUGUCAUCAGCAAAGCCUGGCGAAUUCGGUGCGUCAUGGCCAACCGAGGAUGCAUCAACUCUGCGCUCAGCUAACACAACAUCUGAGGGUUAUUACAGCCGGCCAUUUGCAGCAUCGCGCUGGGAUCGCUCGGCAGUCGGCAUGGAGCCAGGAAUGACCGACUCGGUGCAGAUUGACCGGACUGGCAUUGCGCACAUGGAUUUAUCCUACUAUGAGCCGAGUAAUCAUAGCGGAGAUGCGGGAGAGUCCGGAUUCCGUGGUGGAACGGUUAUGCCCGGGGGACCGUCUAAUUUGCCUAUCGAUAUGGAUGCUGUACAUCCCUUUAAGAAAGUAAUGGAGUACGGUGGACUGUAUGAAGAUCAUUGUUCCAUUAUCCUCUUUUGGGCGUGCUAUCUUCCUUCUCGUCUGGGCACUAACUACACUCAUACGAUGGAGCAUCUGUACAGAUAUGUGGCAACCUGUCUGGACUUGUUGGCGGAUAAAAACUAUAAGCUUGUCUUCUUUAACGGAGCUACAGCUCAUGAAUGCGAACCACCGCUCCCAUGGCUGCGCGAUGUUUUUGCUCUGAUGAAUCACGACAACUCAAAGAAAAUGUUGGAAAAGAUCUUAAUUGUACAUCCUGACGAUCAUCUAAGAAAUCAACUGAAGUUUAUUGAUAGCACUGGUUUCAGCAAAGCGUUUACCGGCAAGAUUGAGUAUGUAAACAAUUUGGCAUCCCUUGAAGAAUCCAUCUCACCGGAAGCUAUGGAAUUUAUGACGAUUCCGGAUCACAUUCGGGCCUACGAUACGGAGCUUGCUAAUGGAGUAGUCCCACCCGGUCGUACAGUUUAUCAUCCAAUGUCAAUGCAGUUUAGAGGAACUUCGGCAUAAUGUGCACAUAUAUAGUGAAACAAUUGUGCCGUUGUGUAUGUCAACCGAUGUUACUUGUAGUUUUGUGGUUUUACGGUUUUAUCUUUUUAAUCAAGCAGUGCUGCUGUUUGUUGCUGUUUUUUGUGGUGGCAUGAUGCCAACUUCCCAGAUAAAAAUGGACUGCUUCGAA